GCUAUGCAGAGUGUUGCCUCGGCAGAGUUUAGAUUAACGGAUCAUUUAUCUACAACCAACAGCUAUUCCUCAAGUCAAGGCACAGCCAGCAGCAUGGAGACACUACCCACACAAGAUUUACUCGACGGCGACUACAGCGAAGAAGAUUCAGAGGAAACAACUAGCGAUCACAUCUGGGGGCGAUUCUUCCCACUGGGCACAAGUUUUACGGCAAUAGACCUGACCAAAGAUGAGUACACAUUCGGGCGAGGAGAGUCCUGUGACUAUGCCUUCAAUACUCCAGAUAUGAAGAAACACCAGUGCUUUCAGGCGUACAGCAAAAUCCACUUCAAAUUAAAAAGGCAAUCAACAAGUUCAGGGAUACAUAUAUUUUUAGAAGACUGCAGUAGCAAUGGGACUUUCAUAAAUGGGGAAAAAGUGGGGAAGGGAAAUAAGCAAGUGUUAAGCAACAAUGAUGAAAUAGCUCUGGCCAUGAAGAAAAACAAAGCAUUUGUGUUUCUGGACAUGAAGGCGAAUGACGAUGCAAAUUUACCCAAAGAAAUUCGAGAGAAAUACACCUUAACAGCAGUGCUGGGCAGAGGAGCCUGUGGAGAAGUCAAACUGGCCUUUGAGAAAGGAUCCUGUAAAAAGUUUGCUGUAAAAAUUAUUUCCAAGAAAAAAUUUUCCGUUGGUGGAAAGACACCAGUUAAUAUGGCUUCUCAUGUGAUGAGUGAAGUCAGAAUUUUAAAGUCACUUAAACAUCCCUGUAUUAUAGGAAUAGAAGAUGUGGUUGACUCACCAGAUACCUUGUACAUAGUAUUAGAGCUAGUGGAGGGUGGAGAACUGUUUGACAGAGUGAUCAACGCUGGCAAGAUAGAGGAGCCUGUCUCUAAGCUGUUAUUCUACCAGAUGGUCUGUGCUGUCAAGUAUUUACACGACAAAGGCAUCACUCAUAGAGAUCUGAAACCAGAAAAUAUUUUACUGGCGGGAGAUGAGGACAGAACAUUGAUCAAGGUGACCGACUUCGGACUGUCUAAGUUCGUGGAUGCGAACACAAUGAUGAAGACUUUCUGCGGUACUCCAACGUACCUGGCACCAGAGAUUCUGGAGACUGCCGGAGUCGGUAGUUACACCAAAGCCAUUGACUGCUGGAGUCUUGGAGUUAUAUUGUUUAUAUGCCUGGUGGGUUAUCCCCCUUUUUCAGACGAGCGAAAGGACAUGGAUUUGCCCAAGCAGAUUUUGGGGGGCCAUUUCUCAUUUCCAGAAGAGUAUUGGAAAGACAUCUCUAAUGAGGCCAUUGAUCUGGUGAAACAACUGCUGGUGACAGACCCCAAGAAGAGACUGACGCUACAGGAGGCUCUCCUACAUCCAUGGUUUAAGGAUGAGGACAUGAAGAUUUGUGCCAAGGCGCUGAUGUACCCUCUAGCUGAAGGAAUGGUGCCCCCAGGAGUGGAGAAUGGUGCUGAUGCUGGACCUGCCCCAAAGAAAAGACCCCGAGAAGGUGGAGAGGAGCCUGUUGCUAAGAGGAAGGGUUCUGAGGAUACGAUCACACCCCCAGAAACACCGUCUCCAUGAAAUGCGAACCUGCCUCGUCAGAAGUAUGUGAACGGUUUACAAGCUUUCAUCGCUAUGACACGUAGUCAGCAAUGCUGUGCUUUGUUACAGAUUUCCUUGACAUGUAUCAUGUAACUCAUGUGAGGUUUGUAUUAGAACAAAACUAGAAUUAACAUUUAUAUGUGGC